GGGGAAAUGGUCACCAUCAUUGUCGGCACAGGGAAUACCCAAGCGACCUUCCAAACUUCAAAGUCAUACAUUUGCACAGCCUCCAAGUUCUUUGCCAACGCCUUUCAAGGGAGCUUCCGCGAGGCAGACGACCGUAUCUUGCGAUUACCUCACGAUGAGCCAUCCUCGUUCCGACUCUGGCACGACUUCUACGACAAGAAGCAUCGCCAAAAGGCUUGGGAGUCUUGUCUACAGCAUCCUGGCCCCUGGGAGUCACGUCCGAAUGCUGUGACUCGCGCGACCCUUUGGGAGCUUGUCAAGGCCUGGCUCUUUGGAGAGAAAUACAACCUGCCAGACUUUCAGAACUGUCUUAUGGAUAUUCUGCGGUGUGUCACGCGCAGCGGUUACCCUUCCGAUGCUCCUGGAUAUUGCAUACCGCUCUCUGUUAUGAAGCACGUAUAUGAGAACACGCUCGUGGAGUCACCCUUGAGGUUCUUUGUGGUCGAGAACAUAAGCAGA